GGUGCCCCUUGCCCCUGCCCCUCCGCUUAAGUUUCAGUUUGUUUUGAGCUUCAUCUGAAUGAAUUCGGGGGGAUUCAGACGCACAUGUAGCUCCUCUGUAUCUACGCUCUGUGUAUGUGUGACUGUACCGCACAUGCUAUAUAUCUUCAUCCACAAACUCACAUUGCAUAUCGUUGUUUUGUCGCCGCUCCGGUCAAGUGUCGCCGGAAUUUCUCAGAUCCGAUUCUUUGCUUGUCCCAUUGGACUGCCUUCUGCGGCAGUAAAGGGUCACGGGUAGUUUUAAAGCUAGGGGAGUUCCUGAAUACCAAAGUAUUUGGAUGCUGACUGGAUGAGAACUGAUGUUAUUGGCAGUAGAAGGAGGAGGUUUCUUCUCUUCUUCAGCUUCUGGGUAUAGCAAAGGCCUUGCCCUUCUUCUUUUGGGUCAGAAAAAUGAAGAAAAGCCCAUGAAAGUUUCGCCGUGGAACCAGUACCAGUUGGUGGACCAAGAAACUGAGUCUGAUCUUCAACUGGCUUCCUGCAAGAAUAGGCUUGUUUGCGGUUGCGCUUCCUUAGUCUGUUUUGGUGGUGCCGCCGAUGAACUUGAUAACCCAUCUCCCCUUAAGGUUGGUUCUACUCAGCACCAACAAGUCUCACAAUCAAUCUGUCCCCCUUCUGGGGAGGGAAAGGAUCAAAUUAAUCCUGAUAGUCUUGUGAAAGAUGGCAAUGCCUCUGUUGAGGGUGCCCUUAAAAGUAGCUUAAAGAAAGCUGCAAAUAGCAUAGCAGUUUCUGGUGAAAGUACUGAUGAAUAUGAGGCAAUAUGUGAAAAGAGUAAUGAUGUCUCUGGUCAUACUGAGAGAAAGAAAGUACAAUGGACAGAUACAUCUGGUGGUGAGCUUUUUGAGGUCCGGGAAUUUGAGCCUAGUGAUGAAGGAGAAUCAGAUGAUGAAUUUGAUAGCAGGAGCCAGAGGACUUGCUUGUGCAAGAUUAUGUAGUUUGACAAUGUUUGAGGUCGUAAAUGAGGUUCAGUCGCUUUGUUCCCUUGGAUAGGAAGGAAACUUGGCAGGCAUUUGAACUGAGAAGCCUCUGAGUCGUCGUUUGUUGGUUCCCUCCGGCGGGAUCCGAGGAUGCAAGAGACAAGUUUUAUAAUCCGUACAAUGAUAAUCUCUUCCCAUUCAUUCUUUUUUGCUGACCGAUCAAUUGUGUCUGCCUGUCUCUGUCUGUAUUGAGUUGCUUGAAUAUCAUUUUGUGCUACUGCUCAUUUCCUUGUCUUUAUUAUAUAUAUCCUGUUUAUAUAAUUUAUUUCAAAAGCCACACCCUUCUUUUCUUUCAUGGUCAGACUCAGAGGAUGAACCAUUUUGUUUUUUAAAUACAGAAUAUUAUAAUGAUUGAGGAUAUUUAAUUCUGAGGGAA